AGGCAGCAAGCGCGCCGAGUCAGUUUCUGUCUCAGUCUCAGUCGACUCAGUCGGCGUCAGCCAACAGCGUGAGUGAGUGCGCGUCGAACGGGAACGUAGCCCGUUCGCGUUCGUUUCAAUUUUCUGUGCUCCUCUCGAGCGUGUUUGACUGUGUGUGCAUGCAUGUCUGUGUGAGUGUGUCGCAAGACGAGCUCAAAAGGCCGACGGUUAAGCAAGGCCCAUGUCAAAGUUGACUAUAGCCGAAAUUAAAAAAAAAAAAAAAAUUAAUAUUGCACAUACUUAAGCACGCGCUCAGAAUUCAAGAUAAUCCUAAACUUAUAAUCGGUUGACUAAGGAUAAAGACAAGUUAUCGAUAACUAAAAGCGUUUACUGUGCUAUUUUGCGUUAGUGUUGUGCAAGUGGGGCAUGGCUACAACGGGGGCAACAGCAGCCCCCACAAGGACCUCCAGCAAAAGCACAACAGCGGCUCAAGCGCCAGCCGUCGAUUAUUCAACCGUCACGCCCACUUGCACCACCGCCACAGUAGUCAUGCCUCCCGUGGGCAUAGCGGCUGGCUUGCCCGUGGGCAUGGCAGCUGUGCCCCAUCUGCCCCUGCUGGGCGGCUGCUUGGAAAACACGGCCAACAAAGGCAUUGCAACGGGCAGCGGUGCGCAGCCGACGGCAACAUCAACUCCCAGUCUAACGGCCGUUCUACCCACGCCCACAGCUCUGACGCACAACCACUGCCCGUCUACAGCGGUGCCAGCGGCUCCCACGUUGGGCCUCUUCGGCAACGCGGGCAGCUCACCUCCGGGCACAAAUCUCAGCGCUUUGGCCUCCCAGCAUCGGCUACUGGAACUAUCGAGGUUCGGCCUGAGGGGCUACGAUUUGGCACAACAUAUGCUGUCGCAACAGGGCGCUGUAUCCAAGCUGCUGGGCACAUUGCGUCCGCCUGGACUGAUUGGUGGCUCGAAGCCAAAGGUGGCCACGCCGACAGUUGUCUCCAAGAUCGAGCAGUACAAACGCGAGAACCCAACGAUAUUCGCGUGGGAAAUACGCGAGAGACUGAUUAGCGAAGGUGUUUGCACGAAUGCCACUGCGCCCUCGGUGAGCAGCAUCAAUCGCAUCCUGCGCAAUCGGGCCGCCGAGCGCGCCGCCGCGGAGUUCGCUCGAGCUGCUAGCUAUGGCUAUGCACUGCACCCCACGCAUCCGCACUCGCAUCCGUACACGAGCUUUCCCACCUGGCCGGCCACGUUGCCGGGCCAUCAUCCGUUGUGGGGCGCCGUGCCGUUGGCCGCCAGCGGCGCCUUGCCCGGCAGCAGCAGCUACAACAGCGACGGCAGCUCCAAUCCGAAUACCAACAACAACAGCAUCAGCGCAGGAGGCGGCAGCAGCGCGGGCAGUGGACGCUUGUCGUUGCCAGCGCUGUCGCCGGAGUCGGGCAGCCGGGACAGUCGCUCACCCGACGUGGAUGCCAAUCGCUUGAUCGACAUUGAGGGCGAGGACAGCGACUCGGAGGACAGUGACCAGCCGAAGUUCCGGCGCAAUCGCACAACGUUCAGCGCCGAGCAGCUGGACGAGCUGGAGAAGGAGUUCGAGAAGUCGCACUACCCCUGCGUGGGCACUCGCGAGAAGCUGGCGGCACGCACGGGACUGAGUGAGGCGCGGGUGCAGGUUUGGUUUUCCAACAGACGAGCGAAAUGGCGGCGUCAUCAGCGGGUCAAUUUGCUGAAACAGCGCGGCUCAACGUCGACAUCGCCCACACCAGCUCCAACGCAGCAGGAGCCCAGCCUACAAUAUGCUACCCGUUCCAGUGCUUACCAAACCGAGGGCAACAACAGCAGCAGCACCACCCACAGCGUGCCAGUCAUCACCACCACCACCACCACCCACACCAGCAGAAGCCCUACGGGCCACGGCCCCGACCCACUGACAGCAACAGCGCCGCCGCCUGCCUCAAUCACAGCAUCAGUUCCAUUAUUAAUGGGCGGUGAGCAUAGCGCCUUUCGAGCGGCCCUGCCCUCUGGCUCGGCAUCGGCAUCGGCCUCGGCCUCCGCCUCGGCGUCGGCAGCUGCAUUUGCGCUCAACUUUGCCCGCCAGUACAUCUGGCGGCAAAUGGGAGGAUUACCGCCCAAGGAGCCGCAAUCGGAACUGGACGAGGAAAUCAAUGUGGAUGCAGAGACGGAAGCGGAAUCGGAGGCUAAUUAAAGAGUGCAAUCAACAUGUUGUUAUUCCAGAACUAGAUACAUACAUACAUACCUGCAUAUACAUAUGCCUAUAUGUAAUCCCAAUCUAUGAAUCAUGCAUGUCUAUGAAUUUGGAUUUGGAUUUGAAUUUGUCAGUUUCCUAUCGCUUUAAGACGACAAUUUAGUGCAAUUUUUAACUUAAUUUAUUCAAUUUUGCAUUCCAAAACACGUGCUGAGUACAAAUAAAGACGGAAUCGAUAUAUACGAUAUAUCGUUAUAUCUCGUAUAU